ACAUUUUCUCAGGUUGCGCCAAGUUCGCGACUUACGUAACUGUCGCAUAUGUAACGGUUGGUGUCGGUUUAAAAAUUUUUAGCUUUACCUCAAUCAAUGAGUGAAUAUAUUCGAAGUCCUCUGAUAAGGUUAAUGUAUGAAAAGUUGGAUCAUCAAAAUAAACAUUCGAACUCAAAUCAUGACCAUGUAGUUACGUUCAAUUAUUUUCAUAAUAUACUUUUUAUGAUAUUUUUAAUCUUAUCAAUGUAGUGGUAUGAUUAUCGCGCUGAAUAUGUAGAUUUUGAACUUCGGGAUAAGUUUAUUAAAUCAAAACAAGAUGAAGAAACUUGCGAAUUUUUAAACAAUUGCUAUGUCAAAUCUGACUGGUUAUUUACACACUUUUACCAUGCUAUUGCUAAAGCUGUUUUAACUUGGUUCAUGACUUCAACUUCUAUAAAUGGUUUAGUUGGUCGUGGUUCUAUGUUUGUUUUCUCAUCAGCACAAUUUCUUCGCUUACUUGAUGUUAACGAUAGCUUCAAGUCGAAUUCUUUACUCGACUUAGGUGCCGGGGACGGCAAUGUGACAUUGAAAAUGGCUCCUUACUUUAAAGAUGUAUUCGUCACAGAAAUUUCUCCAGUUAUGCGUUGGCGUUUAAGUAAACAUGGCUUUACAAUAUUAGACGUUGAUUCUUGGGAAUUAAUGAGCGAAGAAUUGAAUACACCCAAAGUUCCAUCUCACUUUGAUGUUAUUAGUUGUUUAAAUUUGUUAGAUCGUUGUACAGCUCCAAUUACCUUAUUGAAACGAAUUAGUCAAGCUUUGAAACCUACGACAGGAAUUUUAAUUCUUGGAAUAGUUUUACCAUUGAAGCAAUAUGUUGAAACGACUCAUGAUCAACGUCCUAUUGAAGUACUUGAAAUAAUUGAUAGUGAAUUAUGGGAAAUACAAUUAUCUAGUUUAAUUAAUAAUAUUCUUAUACCAGCUAAUUAUCAUGUUUUACGUUGGACACGUUUACCAUAUUUAUGUGAAGGUGAUUUUUCUAAAUCAUUCUAUUAUUUAAAUGAAAUUAUACUUGUUUUACAAUAUUCAAUAUCUAAUAAUUUAAAUAAAUAAAAGGGUUGAUGGUUUCAUAAUCUUUUUAUUAUUAUAUUAAAUUGAAAAUUUUCUAGUUUGGUUGUGUAUUACAUGUGGUUUAUUUAUUGAUUAGUUGAUUGAUUGAUUUUUCAACCGAUUCUUUUAUUGAUACUUUUAUCAAUCUACUGAUUAUUUGUUAAUUUUUAUUGUUGAUGAAAAUUUCAAAUGUACAUGAUUACCAUUAUUAUUAUUAUUAUUAUUAUU